AAUAAAAAUAAAAAAGUAGUUUUGCAGCGCACCUGUUUGCCAUCAGAGCUGUCUGAGUUUCUGGAACUUUCUUCUUCCGCCCCGGUGGAGGAACAUUCUGGGUCGCUGUCUUUGCUCUUUUUGAACAGGUUUUGAAGACUCAGGCCUUGGUAAAGCUGGUGACAACAACAACAACAACAACAACGAGGAUGUGCUGACGUUGGUGUCUGACAGACUCUUCUGCGUGCUGUAGUGCAAAUGUUUACCGCUGUCCACGUUCAGCAAGUCCCCUCGAACAUCAUUUUGAGAUUUGGAAAUCUCUAGAAACAGGAAGACCAAGUGACAUAAGCUACUGGUUUUCCAGCAGGUUGCAGUAUUGUUGCUACUAUUUUUGCAACGCACACCACAAUAGGAGCAUUCUAGACUUACCUGUUGCACAACAAAUCUGUUCUGGAAGACAGUGAAGAGGACCAUGAUGACUAAGGCGUCAUGUCGCAGUGGCUUCAUAUCCGAGAAGAAAUGCUGGUCGCUGCGAACCUUGACGUUCUUUCCCCCACCUGGAGAGAUGAUGGGCGGAGCCUCGGGUUAUGGUAAAUGAUUCAACACCAGAGCUGCUGAGAUUGACAGCAAGAAAGAUUGAGAGAAGGAGAAAGGACGAGAGAGAGAGACGGAGGGAGGUAUAAAAGUCUGAAGGAGAGGCAUGUUGGCUGAGAAGGUGUCACGGCGGCACAUAUGAAGAAGGUCUGAGUUCUUGCAAAGUUUUCUGGAAAAUCUGACACAAGCGAUGCGGCCUCUAUGAGGUGGCCCGCCCCCCUGUCUCUUGAUCUCACAAACAACUUACAGUGAUGGAGGAGCUCCGGCAGCAGCUGGAGAAGGAAUGUCUCAUCAACCAGGAGCUGCAGAGGCAGAAUAAAGACUUGGAGCAACGUCUGCAGGAGAAAGAGAAACUUCUACAGGAGCUCCACAGUCAAUAUCACAACUUGGAGUUUCCGCCUCAGCGGGACAGCGACGUCGAACCGGAGGUCAGGAAGAGUCGCGCUGCUGUCAUCGCACCAGAACCCAUCCCAGAGACGGUGGACAUCAGGAAGUCCAGGGUGAAGAAAACUUCCAGUGAGACGGGUUUGAUCGUCAAAGCCAUCCAGAAAAACGACUUCCUGAGCCGCCUGGAUGACGAGCAAAUAGCCAUGAUGGUGGAUCUCCUGAAGACCAUUAACAUCAGCCGUGGUGGCGAAGUCAUCAAAGAAGGCUCUGAAGGGGACAGCAUGUACAUGGUAGCAGCUGGCGAGCUCAUUGUCACCCAGUCAGGUCGUGUCCUCCGGACCCUAACCAGCGGUGACAUCUUUGGAGAGCUGGCCAUCCUUUACAACUGCAAACGAACCGCCACAGUCAAAGCAAAGACAGAAGUGCGUCUGUGGUGCAUGGAGAGACAGAACUACAGGACCAUCAUCACCAACAAAUCCAAGAAGAAACGGGAGGAGCUUAUGGGCUUCCUGAAGACGUCUCGCACUCUGAAGGACCUAAAUGAUGUCCAGUUGUCCAAAAUCAUCGACUCAAUGGAAGAGGUGAAGUACCAGAACAAAGAUGUUAUCGUUCGAGAGGGAGCGGAAGGAAACACGUUCUACAUUAUCCUCAAAGGCGAGGUCCUGGUGACUAAGAACGUGAACGGACAUCAGAAGCAGAUUCGUAGGAUGGGGAAAGGGGAGCAUUUCGGGGAACAGGCCCUCAUACGUGAAGUGUUGAGAACAGCCACCUGCGCAGCUGAGGGCCCCGUGACCUGCUUCUCCAUCGACAAGGAGGUGUUUGAAGAGACAAUCCCAGUGGAGCAGUUGGAGCUGUUUGAUGACUCCAAGAUGCUCCAGGAAGCCAAAGCUCCUGCAAAGUCCAGUCCCAGCUCCACCCUGAGGUUUAAGGACCUGGUUCCUGUCCUGUACCAGGAGGGUCGCUAUCAAGGAGAUCCGGUCACCCUCGGCGUAGGAGGCUUCGGCCGCGUUGAGCUGAUGACCACGUUGAAUUAUGGGAAGUACUACGCCAUAAAGAGGGUGAGUAAGAAGCACAUAGUUGCCAAGAGACAGGAGGAGCACAUGCUGCUUGAGAAGAAGAUCCUUAAAGCCGUCCAGUGCGACUUCAUUGUCAGACUUCACGCAGCCUUUAAGGACACACGUUACAUCUAUAUGGUGAUGGACUUCUGUGGGGGCGGCGAGAUCUGGACCAAACUUAAAGAAGUUGGGCGUUUUGACGAGCAGAUCGCCAUCUUUUGCACCUCCUGCGUGGUGGAGGCCUACGCCUACCUCCACAAGAAAAGCAUCAUGUACCGAGACCUAAAGCCAGAGAACCUGAUGUUGGACGUGCGUGGCUACGUCAAACUGGUGGACUUUGGUUUUGCCAAAGAGUUGGUGCGUGGAGAGAAGACGUAUUCAUUUGUUGGUACUCCUGAAUACAUGGCGCCGGAGAUCAUCAAGAACCAGGGACAUGACUUUGCUGUUGACUUUUGGUCGCUUGGCAUCCUCAUCUAUGAGCUCCUGGUGGGAAGCCCUCCCUUUUCGAGCUCGGAGCCUCAGAAGAUUUAUUCCAAGAUUCUGGAUGGCGUGCUGAGUUAUCCUCCAUACUUAAGUGAAGCAGCCAAGUCCAUUAUUAGCAAGCUGUGCAGACCCCGGCCAGGCCAGAGGUUAGGAAACACUAAGAAUGGCAUCAAAGAUGUCCGAAGUCACAGGUGGUUUGGUAACAUGAACUGGCACAAGCUGCGUAUGGCUCAGCUGGACGCUCCCACGGUCCGCCUCAUACGCAAGGGCCCCUGCUACAUCAAUUUUGAUCGCUUCCCUCAAGAUCAGACCAAGGCAGACGAGGAGUUUUCCGGUUGGGACCGUGACUUCUAAGCUGUAUGACGCUGCCCAAAAACAAACAAACUGAAUUAUUGAGGAAGUACGGCAACCAAAACAAGAUGAUAAAACACCGUGGUGCUGACAGAAAACUCAGGAAAACCCAACUUGCAUUCUCAAAGGGGGUCUUUUUAGACCGACCACUGACUUUCAUGUUGACAAUUUUCAUGAUAAUCCACCCCAGUCACCAGCUCAAAAUAAAAACAAUUCCAACCAAAAAAUAUAAAAACAUUUGCGAGCUCAUAUUAGCAUUGGUAGUUGGAAAAAAACAGAUUAAACCUAAAAAAUAUCUUUAUUUCGACUGAAAAUAUGAUACUUUAUCAUUUUUCUUGUUGCAUUGCAAUUAUCCGAGGACUAAUUUAGCCAGAAGGUACAGUCUAUAUAAAAUCAACAUUUAUUUUAUAAUUUAAACUUUUUUAUUAUUUUUAAUAGGCACUGAAAUAAGUCAAUGAUUGGAAGCAUAAAUUAAAACUCACAGUCAAUAACUGCUGUAAACGUACAAUAACAUAUAUAAAAUAAAUAUAUAUUUACAUAUAUGUUUUAUUUAUUAUUAUUAGCAUUAGUAUUACUAUUAUUAUUAGUAGUAGUAUUUCAGUAGCAGCACAUCACUGCAGACAAGAGCACACGUUGAUAAAUAUUGAUGCAUGCUUAGAAUGGGAAAGAGUAGCAUCAUCUAGUGGACAGACGAAAAAAAGAAUGACUGGAGUCCAGGGGUCGGCAACCUUUACCAGUCAAAGAGCCAUUUUGACCAGUUUCACAAAUUAUAGAAAACAAUGGGAGCCGCAAAAAUGUUUUGAAAUUUUAAAUUUAAUAACACUGCAUACAAAGUUUUUUUUUUGCUUUGUGCUAUGUAUAACCAGGGGUCUCAGACACGCUGCCCACACCUUUAUGUGGAAUUUGAAAGCUGGUGCGGCACGCGGGUUUUAAAUGAAUGGAGCUUGUCAGCGUUAUGGGUGCCGUGAUGGUACAGCAUAUAGCACCCACUACAGCUAGAGUGCCUGAUCAACUACCCUUUAU